GGAGAGAGAGAGGGUUAAAAAGCAGUGAUUUCUCAGCAUCUCUACCCCCCCUUCCUUCUCCUCCUUUCAGGGGAGGGUCCUCAAGACUAUUGGACCUUUUGAAGGUGACGUACCCAGUAUGAAAACAUAAUAACUAGUUGAGAAGCUGCAAUAAGAAACUUUGACGGGAAGGCGCUUUUGGGGGGUGGGGGUAGGGAAGGGGGGGUCGGGCAAAAGAAAGGGAAGAGAGAGAGUGUGUGUGGAUGUGAUACAAAGUUCCCGAGGUGAGAGCCUGAGGGGGGACACUCACUGCUGUUAACAAGAAGGGAGAGACACAGAGAGGGAGAGAGGGAGAGGGGGGGGUGGGGGGAUCGAAGAUGGUUCAGCAAACCGCGGGCAAGUUUGAAGCGGACGGCGGCUUGUCCCGGGAUGUCCCGGAGAGUGAGUUCCUCGCCUGCAGCCCGGCGGCGGCGGCUCCUUCUCCUUGCGAGGGGGACCCGGACUGGUGCAAGACGGCGAGCGGCCACAUCAAGCGGCCGAUGAACGCGUUCAUGGUGUGGUCGAAAAUCGAGAGGCGGAAGAUCAUGGAGCAGUCGCCGGAUAUGCACAACGCCGAGAUCUCCAAGCGGCUCGGCAAGCGGUGGAAGACGCUGCGAGACAGCGAGAAGAUCCCGUUCAUCCGGGAGGCGGAGAGGCUGCGGCUCAAACACAUGGCCGACUACCCCGACUACAAGUACCGGCCCCGGAAAAAACCCAAGACCGAGGCGGUCAAACAGCAGCACCAGCCCGCUCCGUCUCCGGCACCCGGUCUAACGCCGGAGAGAAGUCACGGCAAAAGCUCCAAACAUUCAGGCAAGAAGUGGAGCGGCGGCAAACUCAAACCUCCCAAACCCUGCAGCAACUCUUCCUCCCCGCCGUCUCAGGCAAACGGGGAGAUGUCCGAGGAUUUUGUCUUUGGGAACCUGAGGGGCAACAAGACGGUGCGGAGCGUGUUCGGGGGCGGGGGUCCCGAGCCUCUCCUCCCUCAGCAAGCGGCGGAUUCCGCCCUCCUCUCCAGCCCCCGGCGAGCCAGCGUGGCUGCCGUGCCGGCCAGCCCGACCCUCAGCUCGGCCGCCGACUCGGUGGAAGGGGCGAGCCUGUACGAGGAGCGGGACGGCGGGAGGAGGAAGACGGCCCCGGCCAAGGCCAGCGGAGGCAGGAGGGGCUCGCAUUCGCCCAGCUCCGGCCGCCGGUCGGUCUCCACUUCGAGCGAGGAGGCGGACGAUCUGCUCUACGACUUCAGCAUGAACUUCUCCGGGGCGGGCGGCAGCAACAGCAGCGGGGCCGGAGGAAACAGCUCGGAUCCGCUCAGUUCAGGGAAUGUUAGCCUCUCGCUGGUGGACAAGGACUUGGAUUCGUACAGCGAGGGCAGCUCCGGCUCUCACUUUGAAUUUCCCGAUUACUGCACUCCAGAACUCAGUGAGAUGAUCGCGGGCGACUGGUUAGAAGCCAAUUUUUCCGACCUGGUCUUCACGUAUUGAUCUAUUCCUUUUCAACAUUUUUAUUGGAAAGAAAACAAACCCCAGAACUUUUCUGUUGGUUGCUUUUAUGACAGGAUUUAAAAAAAAAUAAACACACAGUUGCCACCAUCUGUAAGUCUCCAGGUCCGAUCCACUCCUCGAUUGGGAUAUUUUCCCUUUCCCGUCUGUGAAGCCCUCCCAGAAGAUUUAUAUAUAUAUAUAUAUACAUUUUUUAUAUAUAUAUAUAUAUAAUAGAAACACAAACUGUUACUUUGGAAAUCGUGGCCGGACUUUCUUUCCAACCCUUUGGCGGCGCAACUGUUAAACGCAGUUUUGUUGGAUGUUCCGAGCGGGACCACUGUCGAAAGAGAGAGAGAGAGAUAUGUGGACACUGCAGGGAGUUUUAAACGGCAAAAAAAUUGAGAACCCAGGCUUGUAUGCGAACAGUUUUAUCUUACACCACGACCCUGAAGUUAACGUGAUCAGUUGUACUGUUUUAAAUCCUGUGAUGUAAAUGCCAAUAAGACUGUUUUUUGCUCUAAGUUUUGUUUCUGUUCCCUCACAAUUACCUCCUUUUACCACCUAAUGACACAGGCAGCAUAAACCUCAAGAGUAUGUUUUUUUGAUACAUGCAGACCUCAAGACUUUUUAAAACGAAGAAAAAGAAUACUAAAUAUUUUCACUUGUAUUUUUCUAUAGCCGAAAGGGAACCUUCUUGCUGUGAUUAUCCAGUGAGAAUUUCUGGCACUUCCUUUUUUUUAAAAAAAAGUUAUUUUCCUCUUUUUCUUCCUGUAUAGCAUGCGAACGUUGGUACGUCCUGCUUUAAAGGAUUCAAAAACUUUUUUUGUGGAAAAAAAAGCAAAAUCCUUGCAUCAAUGCCUUGUGAUUUUAAAUCUGCAAGUGCUCAGUCUUUUUGUACAGUUGUAGAUUUAGAUUUGUUGAAUAUUUGUAGGUAAGAAAAUUUAUUGAAAAGACGUGAGGUAGAACUCGAGUCGUUCCUAGUGAGAUUAUAUGUACUGUAUUAUAUACUGUAGGAAUUCUAUGUGUACUCAUACGCUGUGAUAAGUGGGUUAAAUCCCGAUGACAGGUGUGAAACUUGAGGAUUUUUUAACAUGGCACAUGUGAAAUCUUAAUUCGUUUUUGUGCAAUAUGAAUCAGAUCAUCUGCACAUUUUGUAGCAAACUUAUGAACUAAAACAGACGUGUGCACUGUAAUCAUUGCCUGUCUUGAUGCUAAGAGUCUGUAUCGGGGGUGGGGCGGGGGAAUUAAAUAAAGAAAUCAGCUGGAACUGAUCGGAACAGAAGCAGUGCCAUGCAUUUAUACGGAAUAUUAACGUCGAUCCGCUUACUAACCACACUCUAGGGCUGUAAGUUCUGUCUGUGCCGUGGAAAAGAUGCCAGUAGUUCUGGCGUCGAUAACGGACUUUUUUAAAAUUGUUUGCUUUUCGUUAACGUGAAACAGCAGCAUCUGCGAACACUGUCGAACAGACAAAACAUCAGAACGGGCAUUGUAGCUUUAAAUCCGAAUCCCCGCCUUUAUCUGAGUCACCAGCCGAACGUGACCGCGCAGGGGUUGUCCCGAAGUACAGGAGGCAUGAUUCCUAGAAGUCCUAUUUCUGAGAGAAGAUUGGCAAUAAAAUUGCCCGAUGCUGUUUCAAUAAGUUACGUGCACGAUUAUAGCGCCACUGUACUGAAAUACAAUCACCCGGUUGAGUGCCGGGGUUUAAUCUUUACCUUCCAAACUGAAAGACUUGAAACAGAAACAGAAAUCGCUGGAGAAACUCUGCAGACGGGUCACUGGAUUCGAAACGUUAAAUCUGUUUCUCUCUCCACAGAUGCUGUCAGACCUGCUGAGUUCCUUCAGCAGUUUCUGUUUUUGUUUCAGAUUUUCAGUAUCCGCAGUUUGCACUGUUCUAAAGGAGCUGCUUCGAGCAGUGAACAAAAAGUUGUUUCUGAUAUUAAACCAACGUUGACCAUGCACGUACAUAAACGUUCUCAUAAAUCCAGGUUUUGUUUUGGCAGUCCACAUAAAAGAAAACGUAAAAGAGUUUGGGCUUUCAUGUGCACCUAUGCAGUUCCUAAAUUUGUGUAGUACUCGACUCAAAUUACUUAGUUCGUUUAAAAAAAGAGACUGGUCUUCAUUAAUGAUUAGUAAGAAACACAUUGGACUGUUCCAGCAGCGAUCAGUUGCAGGUUGUGGUGAAUGUUCGAAACACGCCCAACUGUGAACCUACCGGAAUCCUGCACGUUCAUGCAAACAUCACCCCGUGCCCCUCACCGUGCCACCGAUCGAAUUUCUUGGCACCCAAAGCCAAUAUCGCUUCUUUCCAAGUUGCUGUUCUUUAUUCCUGUUCCAAAGAUGGUUGGUCAGCCACCCCCUACAGAGUAAUUAAUGGCGGUUGACAGCCGGCAAGAUAGCUGAUGGGAAGAGAUUUCGAGAUUUCUGGAUAAAUUGAGAAUUGUGCGGCCCAAUCUGAUUGAAAGCAUGAUGUGUGUAGGGAUAGUAAAGGUGAUUUUCUGGACAUUUCUUAAAUAUGGGCUGACGUUUUGUGGGAUUUGCACAAAAAGACCGAAAAUGUCCAAUUUCACAAAUGUGCUGUCAUCGUGCAUGGGUUGUUCAGGUGCCUCACUUGGAAUUGCAAUGGGCCAUAUACAAUUAACUCUUACAUGAAUCUGCAGAUGUCUCAAGCUACAGGUACAAUCAAGCAGCCCAGGGAUUUUGAUUUUGGAUUAUCCACUAAUAAACCAUCAACACUGGCAACAGCCAUAUGCCAAUGCUGCCCCAUAAAAUUCUAAGAGGGCCAGCCAACAAGUAAGAAAGUAAAUCCAGCCAUCUGAGUCUCUUGGGCUGAGUUUGCUCUGAGGUUGUGGUCUGGUCACGCUCCUUCAGACUUUCUGUCAGGUGGCUUUGGGGACUUGAGGUAAGGGGAGCAGAAAUGAUUUACAGCCUUGAAAGCACUCUGUCUAAAAGUUGUGAUUUAGUCAUCUGGACUUGUUACUGAGCAUCUGACUGUUUCAAAAAGUGCAUUGUGAUUAGUUAUAUUUUCCUCCUGCAUUUCAACAACAAUUUGUCAAGCCAACCCAAACACUGCAAAUGCCAUCAGUCAUAGGGCAGCAUUGAACAAAAUACAAACAUUAACACUUAUAAUCAAUACUUUAAAAGACAGAAUAUAAAAUAAUUUAAAAAUAGUGGAAGUAAAAGCGUCAUUUGGGCAAAGCAAUGAUCGGACAAUCAGUUUCUGGUUUUCUCCACUACUGUGUCUCCUUGGUCAGCUUGCUGUGAAAUGUACUUUAGUAUUUCCCUCACAGACAGCAGUGGAAAAGUUUGCUCUCGAAGGGAAAGCUUCGCAUUAUUUGUUUGUUAAGGUGAAAGAAUAUUGCUCCACUUGAUAUUCAAGUUCCUUGAAAUUAUUCAAGUUACUUAAAAGUACAAGUAACACUACCCAGAGGUGAAGAAACAUUUUUUUAAAAAAUCUAGAUGGGAUAACUCGUUGACUGAGCACCUCAUGGCUUCUACAUCAAUAAAGUUAUUGCAUGUGCCCACUAUCUAUGGUAUUCAAGCUACUUAAAUAACAUGGGCACAUGCAAUAGCCUUGCUGAAGUAGAAGCAGUGAUUUGCUCAGCCAAAUAGUUAUCCUGUCUAGAUUUUUGAAAAAUGCUUCUUCACCUCUGGGUUUUGUUCAUAUCCAGCCUCCUAUAGCAGAAGUCUGCUGUGUCUAAGGACACUAUUUAUAAUAAAAUUGGAAAGUUUAAGCCUAGUCCCUAUUGCAUUUCACAGUACUUUUCAGUGAAUUCAACACAAGUUGGUACUAAAUUGACAGUUCAACUGAAAAGGGAUAUAAUGUAGGGAAAUAAGGACAUUUCAUACUGCAGUUAUGAAAGUAUUCCUCUGUGGUGGGUGUGCAAGUAAUAGUGUAAUUGGUAACCCGUCCCAUGAUGUUUUGUACAAUAUAACCUAAAAUUAAAUAUGCCUUCAGUAAGUUGUUUUCUUUUUGUGACUAGUCCAAUAUUUUCACUUUCAGGAUUGACAUACUCAUUCCCCAAUUCUUGUGUUUAUCUGUUUUGACACAACUAUGCUGGAUGCUAUUCACAUUGUUAAUUGCCAAUACAUAUUAGUUCCAGCACAAUAUUGUCCUCCAAUAUUAUCUUUAGAGCCAGAUGUUCUACUCAUGUACACGGUUCAUUAUUUUACCAGCAUCUAGAUUUUGCAAUAUCUUCUAGUUCCUUAAAGAAGACUUAACUGCAAUCUUUGAGUCUUCUCUUGGAUUUUGUUUCCUUACAACAUGUUAUUUCAGUAGAGAACAGAGUGCUUUGCUUUGAAUUUGACCUGUGUUACAUUGAUGAAAGAAACAGAAAAUUAUUCCAUGGUCGUGGGCUGUUUCCAAAUCUGGAACAAAGAAAAAUACUCAAAAAUAAGAAUUUUAAUUUGGUUGCCCCAAUGCAAAGCACUAAAUAUAGCCGACUUUACCAUGAAAAAUUUAGAUUCUGAAGAUGGUCAACUUGAAACAUAGCUUAGUGUCAGAAGCCAAUAGCUGCUGAAUGUACCAAAAGAAAAAUUUAUAUAAACAUCGCUGCAUUUGAAACAUAGAGAUCACUGAGCUAAUUAUUUCAAAAAGAUUUCCACAAGGUUAGUUUUGGGCACUGUGGUAUUAACAGUACUUUGUGUCUAGGACUGAAAUUUCCUUUGUAAAUCCUUCUACAUCUUUACAUGCACUCAUCCUUUAAGAUAUUUAAAACCCAUCUGUGGACAGAUGUUGGUUGACCUCCUAAUAUCUUCUCCUUUAACUCUGCACCUCUUUGAAUAGUUUGGGACACUUUUCUGCAUUAAAAACAGUAAAUAAAUGUGAGAUCUUACUAUAGACACACCCAAUAGACCACUCCUCCAAAAGCUAUCAAUCAAACAAGUCUGGUGAGGAUUUAAUUACAAUUACAUUUUACUGAGUAUAUGCUAUUAAUUUGGGGUGAAGACGGAUUAACAAAUUGCAAGUACAGUAGUAAUCGUGUGUUGGAGGUUAGCUUUAAAAAAAAUUUUACUCUGGAAUUCAUCAUAAUGACUGCUGGAUCUUCAGACUUCAGAGUAGCCAUUUUUGAAAUGUGAUCUGGCACAGUCAGUAAAGCAAAUUAAGAAGUGUAAUUCAAUCUUUCCUACAGCUAUGCUUUGAUGAACUAUAGAGAAAAAAUACUUUUUGUAAUUCUGCAGUAUCCUUAAACGAAUGAUAAAUCACAUCAGUCUGGCUAUCGAAAUUGGAAAUACGUCUUGAUGAAUGCAUCGUUUUGAGCAUUUAAUCAGGUCUCACGCAUCAAAACUAAAUGGCUUUCAGUAUCACAGGUGUAAUGUAAUAAGUUGCACAUCUAUUAGUGCUUUUGGGAGUUAUAAUCUGAACAAUUGGAAACUGAGAAAGAAUACUGAAUGCUGAUAUGGUAGAAGUCUUUAGGAAUUUGAAGAGGCUUGUGGAGUUAUACAGACCAUAAAUAGAACUUACCAAUAAAUCCAGUAUUCAGACAAAACUUCUUUACUCAGAGGAUGGUUCAAAUGUAUGAUUCUGUGCCAUAAGGAGCAGUGAAACCAAUAUGCUGAUAGAAUAUUUUCAUUUUUUACACCAUUCAUGUCUAUUGUCUCAUGUGAGAGAAGGGAACAGAAGGAUAGAUGGCGAAAAGGGAGAGCAGUCAUGGGUGAAGUGUAAACACUGGCAUAGACCUUUGGAAACAGCCUUUAGUAGACCCAGUGUUGUUCUUUCUUACUUUAUUGGCCGGUUAGCCUUGUGGCUUCAGUGUUACAUAUGCAAACUUGGCGCUAAUUAGUACAUUAGAUUAUUACAUUUUCUUAACUCUGUGGUCUGCAUUCAAAGUAUAUGAAAUAAAAAGGCACCAGGUGCAGUGGGAGAAAUCUGGAAUAGUGAGUUUGGCCAAAUAUUUUUAGGCCAAUCUAUGGAAAUGCUAAUACAAAUAAGAAAUUUGAAUUAUUUUGUGAUGAAAGGUCAUGUUUAAAGUUAAACUAGACAUUUGGUGAUUAACAGCUUUCCAUUUAAGUUCUGACAUGUAAUGAGCCUCUUAUUAAAAACAGAAGGUUUAAUAGUUCCCCACUUUCUGUGUAUACUUCAGAUUUUAUUGCCAGGAUUGAUUCAAUUGCAUGAUGUGAUACGAUACCAUAAGACAAACAAAUGAACAUUUCUUAUAUGAUGAUUCUGUUAAGAAAGCAAUUAGUGUCGUAGAUUUUGAAGUGCAUUUUUGACACGGUUAUUUACUCAUUAAUACUUAAAUUUUCUAUUCAAUUAGAUUAAUCUUGGAUCCCUCUCCCUAAACCUUUCUGUCACUCUGUGUCUCUCCCCCUAUUUCUGACACACAAACAUGCAAAUUAGGACCAGGAGUAGGGUACUUGGCCCCUCUCAAGCCUGCUCAACAGUAUUCCCUCCAAUUUUCUUUCUGGCUACAUUGACCUCUGAGGCCUGUGUGUGAUAGCAGCUUCCAGACUUGGAAGUUAAUGCAGCUACUAGUAUGUUGAUGCUGAUUGCCAUGUGUGGAAACUUCAGAAUGCAUGCACCUUAAAGGGGACACUGCUGCUCUGUUGUUAUAUAAGAUUGUGCCAUAUUUUUGCCUACCCUCGACUACCUUUCAACCACUGCUUGUCAAGUAUCUACCUAACCCUGCGUUCAAAUACAAUUUGAGGAAGCAAGUUCCAAAAACCCAUAACCUCUGAAAAAAAAGUUCUAUCUUAGUCUUAAAUAAACGACCUCGAAUUCUAGAUUCUACGAAAAAGGAAACGUCCUUUCCAUAACCACCUUGACAAGACCCCUUCUAAACCCCGGUAGAUACCAGCUCAGCCUGCCUAAUAUUCCUAAUAAGACAACCCACCCAUCUGGGUAUUAGUCUGCUAACAUAGAGUCAUACAGCUCGCAGAUAGACACUUCGGUCCAACCAGUCCAUGCCGAACAUAAUCCCAAACCAUACUAGUCCAAACUGCCUGGUCCUGGCCUAUAUCCCUCCAAGACUCUUCCUAUUCAUACACUUAUCCAAAUGUCUUCUAAAUGUUGUAAUUCUACUUGCAUCCACCAAUUCCUCCAGAAGUUUCACACAUGCUAGAUGCUUUCAAUAUUUUUACAUCCCUCCUUUAAUCAGGUGAUCUAUACUGUACGAAAUACUACAGAUGAAGCCUCACCAAUGUAACUGAUGCAUAAACUCCCUACUUCUGUAUUAAACUCACCUUGGUUGCUAGCCAAUAGUGUGUUGUCAAUAACAUUUGUUGUUGCACCUUACCAAAUGCCUUCUGGAAAUGACACUUUUCAAAAUAUAGUUCUUUGGCCAAAGUUUUAGCCACACAUUGUAAUACCUCCUUCUUUGGCUAGCUGUUAGUUUUUGUCUGAUCAAACUCAUAUAGCAAGCAUCAUUGAAUGUUUUACUAAAUGAGAAAUGUAACUAUUUAUUGUUUAGAAUAUAUUAAAACUAUGCUGUAGAUUUUCAAACCAGUAGAGGAGAAGUGUAGGUGUAUAUUUUUGAAGAUAAAUAUUAUUGUGAAUUAAAACUUGAAGGUGCACUGCUAAA